AUGGACCAAACGCUGACCUACUGGCUCCUCGAUACGCGCUCCCUAUGGCCGGGCGAUCGCAUCGACCAGGCUGCAGCCGACGUUUUGAAUCUGCUUAGCCCGGAGGAGCAGGAAAGCGUGCGAAGAAAACACUUCAUCCAAGAUGCUCGUCUGAGCCUGGGCUCCGCCUUGCUCAAGCGUGCCUUCAUCGCCAAGGUCACGGGCACGCCCUGGCACGAGAUCCGCUUCGGCCGUGCUGGAGACCCUGUGCAUGGAAAGCCGUGCUACAUGUCCGAGGACGGGCGGCCUGUGUCCAACAUCAAUUUCAACGUCUCUCACCAGGCCGGCCUCGUCGCCUUGGUGGGGUCCACAGUUCCCGGUGCUGAACUCGGUGUCGAUAUUGUCUGCGUCAACGAGCGGAAUGACUUCAGGGUGAUUGAUGCAGACGGGUUUGACGGAUGGGUUGACAUCUACGAAGAGAUCUUCUCGCCCGAGGAGUCGUGGGACAUGAAGUACAGUAUCGACAGCGUACAGCUCCUGGACGGCUCGACACUCACGUCCGCUGAGAUCGGCCGCAGCGAUCGCUGCUGCCGGCGUAAUCAGACCCUCACUGCUGAUCGCAAGUUGGAGAACGGCCGCACGGAAACGGUCACGUUCGACUCGGACCUCUUGAUCGAUGCCAAGCUGCGACGCUUCUAUACCUUUUGGUGCUACAAAGAAGCCUACAUCAAGCUGACCGGAGAGGCGCUCAUGGCGAGCUGGCUCAAGCAGUUGGAGUUCAAGAAUGUGCGGGCGCCAGCUCCUGGGACGGUCGCGAGGUGCUCCACUCACGGGACCUGGGGUGAGAAAGUUGACGAUGUUGAGGUUUGGCUGCAUGAAAAGCGGGUUGAAGAUGUCCGGAUGGAGAUUCAAGCAUUCGGAGAAGACCGCAUGAUCUCCAUUGCAGUAAAGAAUGUCCCUGGACCCAUACCAUCGAUACAUCAGUCCGAAACGGGCGAUGGUGCAGCCUUAUCGAUCAGCUCGUCAUCCCGGCCCGACUUCGCCAUCCAACCGAAACUCCAUUACCAAGCACCCUUUGCCCAACCUACUCAGCAACAGCAGCAAUACAACCGCCUGCCUGUAGAAACAUCCUGCAAGCUUGGUCCAGCCAGACUACCCGCUGCCCGGUCUUCCGCCGACUCCCCCGCCGUCCGCCCGAAAAUGCGCCCUGACGGUCCCCGCGACACCAUCGCCGGGCCCGAUGUGCCCGAGCCUCCGUUCCCGCUGAAACUCGGCGGUAAGGUGAUCAAGGGCUUCGGUCGCGGAAGCAAAGAGCUCGGCAUCCCCACCGCCAACAUCCCCCUCGCCGGCCUCAGCGUCGGAGGCCACGAUGAUCUCGAAUCAGGCAUCUACUACGGCUGGGCAGGCCUAGACUUCGUCAGCAACGACCCAUCCUCCUCCUCCUCCUCCACCACCACCACCACCACCACCACCAACGGCACCACCACCAGCACCAGCGGCAUCGCCACCAAGGUGAAAAACGCCGUCGGCAGCGCACUAUUCGGCAACAGCAACAGCACGGCUGACACCCCCACCCCCUCGCAACAGGGCGGCGCCGCCGAGUCAGCACCAUCACCCUCAUCCCCCCCGUCAUCUACCAACGCCGGCGCACCAUCAUCAUCGCCGCCCCGCAGCAGCAGCAGCAGCACCAGCAGCGUCAUCCACCCAAUGGUCAUGUCCGUCGGCUGGAACCCGUUCUACAAGAACACGGUCCGCUCCGUCGAGGUGCACAUCAUGCACGACUUCGCGGGCCGCGACUUCUACGGCUCGCGCCUGCACCUCGUCGUGCUCGGCUUCAUCCGCCCCGAGUUCGACUACGUGUCCAAGGAGAGCCUGAUCGACGAUAUCCGCACCGACAUCGAGGUCGCGGCGAGGAGCCUCGAGAGGAGGGCGUAUGCCGAGGUCAAGGGGGAUCCGUUUUUGGUGGAUUUUCCGCCCAAGGAUGGGGAGGGGAGGAGCGAGGGCGGUGAUGUGGCGAGGUAG